AUGCCUCUGGGACCAGUUAGCAGUCAAGGUAUCUCCCUAUACUAUGAAGAUGCCCUCCCGCCAGGCAAUUCCACAACCUACGUUACCGUAUUUCUGGUUCAUGGGACUAUGUUUCAUAGCGCAAUCUUCAGGAGGCUCAUCCCAUAUGCGGUACACCAAAAGCUGCGUCUUGUCCUCAUAAACUUGCGUGACUAUCCUGAAUCAACACGGUAUACUCCUCGAGAGUUGCAGGAGCUGGCGUCACCCGAUCAAGGGAUCCAGGCGACCGCGAUCGCUGCCCGAGGACUCGAGAUUGCUGAGUUCAUACGCUGGUUUAUCGAGACGAAGUGCAUCCCCGCCAUUUCCAAAACGUCCGAUUCUAUCAGAUCAAGUACUGGUGGUUUCUCGUUGCUCGGAUGGUCAUCCGGGAAUUGUCAGACGAUCCCUCUCCUUGCUCAUGCAGACAAGACACCAGAGGCGACGAGGCGGCUCUUCGACGAAUACUUCCGCACGUUCAUCAUCUAUGAUAUGUCUUCGAUGUCCAUGGGGGAACAACCUCCAGACGGCCUCUACGAACCAUUUAAUGACGAGAAGCUCAGCAACAGCGAGAAAGAAUCCUUAUUCCCUCUGUGGGUAUCAUCAUACUUCACCCAGAUCACGCUUCCCUCGACGGACGACUCUGAAUCUCCAAUGUUUACAUCCAUGCUCCUUGCCCGCACCGUAGUGAAUGAUGGUAAAGGAACAUCACAAGAUGAGAACUCACAAUUUUAUCCCACUGCAGCUAAAAUGACACCCGAGCUACUCGCUGAAUUGUGCGAUUCUGAGGUCAUGGCGCGCUCUCAGGACUUGUUUCAGCGUGCCAAUCCCACAAUAUACCAGGAGAAUAUUCGCCGAGCCUUGUUUCAGUGCCCUCUUGACGCCGGUGGGGACGGCCCAAUCUGGACGAAGGUAAGAGUGCAUAUUGCAUGGUGUGAUAUGGCGACUUCGGAUGGAGUGUUCGCCGCAAACAGAGUAAAGUAUCGAGCAAAGCUGUGUCGAGAGGACACCAAAGACUGGCGCAGAGUGAGUUUCCACAAGCUCGAGCGGGCGAACCAUUUCAUGCACUGGGACGACCCUGAACGCUUUACUAAAUUCUUGGGUGGAAUUGUGUAA